AGCGCAGAAAUAAACAAGUGCAGACCAGACAGUGCAUUAUUGACGGCAUUUUGCGGUGUACUAAAAGCGGCUCAUUUGAUCAUGGGUUGAUGAAAGAAAAUGAAUUAAAUUCUGCUGAAUUGAGCCGCUGUCGUAUGAACAAAACACUGGAGUAAUAAUGAUCAGAUCGACAACACAAUCUUGAACGAAAAAAUUUAAACAUGUCGGAGUUGAGUGCAAAACAUAAAGCGCUGAACGUCCUUCGAAGUUUGACGGCUGAGAAAGGCCAUCGCCAAGUUGAGACGUCACCCAGACCGGAUCUCACCAGCUCCCAGGAGGUUCUUGCUGUGAAGUACCAGGAAUUAGCGACAUUACUAGCCACUCAGCAUGUGGAACGGAAAACAGUCUCCCGUCUCCACUCAAUUGAUCUGGUGUCUAGGAGCACUGGAUGCAUUCCGUCUUCAAGGAGGCAGCGCAACCAUGACAGCCAAGUCAAACCAGUGAGGAGGAGACGCAGGAAAGUUCCAGCUCUUCCAGAACCCGGUGACACUCCUAAGAUUGUUGAACUCCCCCCAUCCCAUACAGAGAAUGAAGAUGCUUCUGAAUUGCAUCUGAACUUAGAGCAACUACAGCCAUCACCGCCGAGCAAAAACACAGUUUCAUUCACUGAUGUGAGAUUAAUAAAAGACAUUGAUGAUUGUGCAUCAUCCGGUACUGACAUGUCUGAUACCGAACUGAUUAGGAGAAUUCUGCGAAGUCCGCGUAAAGUUUUAGUGAACGCACACUCGAGUCCUUCAGUUACAGCAAGGAGACGAACAUCAUCUUCAACUAAGAAAACUAGUAAACCUAAAAAGAAACAUUGUAAGGUGAAAAACACUCCAAAGGAGACUCCUCGCGAGAGCAAAAGAAGUGACAGUCCUAAGAGAGGGUUGACAGAAACUCCGAGAGAAAAGAAAGAGUUCCAACCGACGGACAACACACUGAGCAGCUCUAGCAACCCAGAUAUCUUGUCGUGGCUCAAGCAGAAAAACAAAGCCAUCCGAAAGCAGAAACGCAGCGAGAGGAAGAAGGAACGGCAGGAGAAAGCAGCAGAACAGACAGUGGUGGAGGAGAAACUGAGGCGGCUUGCCGAGUCGGGGGAUAAGUUCAAUCAGUGGAUGAAGCACAAGAAGGAGGAGUCGCACAGAAGAGAAGAGAUUGAAAGGAAGGUCCGAAAAGAUGCUGCGAAGAAAGACGCAUCGGAGAGAACUGAUGCCACACAAAGAAAAAGGGAUACUUCCCCGAAGCAAGCAGCGGCAGGGUCCAGAACACAAACCAAAAAACUGCCAACCAAUAUAAAAAAGGGAACAACAAAUAGAAAGGCAAUGUCCAGUCCCGAUAAAGAAAAUGCUUCUGACAAUCAGAAGGGUUUUGAUGAGGAAACAAGGCACCACCUUGUGAGGAACCUGGAGGCAGAACGACUUCACGAUGAGGCGAAGAGACAAAGGAAGGAGGCAGAGAAACGGAGGAGGCAGCUUCUUAGAGAUGCUCAACCUGAAGGCACCAAGAAGAGAGAUUCUAAAUCCGGUACAGAUGCAAAGCCUGCCAGCAAGACAUCACCUUCGAAGUCCCAAUCAGACACAGAUGGCAAAACAUCUUCUGCCAAUCGUAAGACUAUGCCCUCCUCCAAUCCAUUCAAAGGGAUGACUUACGACGACUGGCUGCGACAGAAACAAGCCGAUCAGCGCAGACACGCCAAAGAAGCAAAGAAACAAGAAGUUUGUGACCCAGAACUGGACGACCUCAUCCCUCUACUUGCCCGGCGGCGCAUCGAGCAAAUCAAAGUAAGAGCAACCCGCGUUGAUUCUGGUCUCCGAAGAUCAAGAGAAUCAACAAAUUCUGAAAACAAAACCGACAGGCCAGGAACACCAAACGGAGUGCGGUCAUACACAUGGAAAACACCGUCAAGUUCUGCCUCGGACGGUAAACAAAAAUCAACAAUGAAACCAAGUCCUCCAAAGACUAAGAAAUCGGACAAAACAGAAACAGCAUCGUCCACACCAAUGCCUGAUGUGGUCAACUUUGAACGUCCGGAACCGCAAGGCUGUGAAGGCAAUGAGGAGUUCCCAUGCCAAAGCCCCAAAACCAACCAAUCAAAAGAUACCAAUCACAGUAUGAACCAAUCAGGGCCAAGUACGGAUAAAUUAAAGGACUCUACAGCCAGUGGGAAUGAUCAAAAUAAAACUAGUGAACAAUUCAAGAAGGAACACAAACAGGCUUCAGAAGCCAACGUAAUUUUUAUGACUGAGCCUACCGCCUGAAAGAAAGUGCCUUUCAAAGUGGUACUUUUUGCUUGUAAGAUCAUUGAACUGUUUCAAACACCUAAAAAAUGCAGAAAAUUGUGUGGAUAAGUAAUCAAAUGUCUGUUCAAAAGCAGAAUCAUCCCAUGAAGGGUCAAACAAAAUAAGAACAAAGCCAAUUUAUAGAGCAAAAACGUAUGUUACUGUGCAAUGUUAAAUGUUAAAAGGAAAAUGAACAAAGCGUUGUAGUGCAAAAUAGUGUAUACAUGUAAUAAUUUCUAUGAAUAUGCAAAGCAUGGUUGAAUAAUUAUAAAGUAAAUUGAAGUGAAAAGUAUUCAAUAUGUAUGAGAACUAUCAUUUGAAGUGCGACUAUAUUUUAUGUACGAGUUUGAAAGUUUGCAAAAUGUAACGCCAGUUAUUUUGAAACUUCUCCAAUUCAAAUUUGCUCUCCCGUGCUAUUUUUCGAGUUUCAACCCCAAAAUGGACAUUGAGAGAAAAACAAAAGUUAUGUUACUCUUGAAUGAGACAUUGAACAAAACAAUCCUUUACAAAUUUCAAAUUAUUAGCGACAAUCUUUUGUACAUUAUGGGUGCAAAAGCAACCCAAAAUAAAGGCGUAUGUGACUUGCCGUAUCAUAAUGAGGAAUAACCCCCACCUUUGAUUACACGAUUCAUAAUAUCAAGUCAAGAUUACCGAUCAACAAAAUGCUUCGUUUCGACUGAAAAACACCAAAUUUUAUUUCCACAAUUGUGACUUAAAGAGUCAUAUUCUGAGUGUACAAGACAAAGUUUUAUAUUCUACACAUAGCGCUAGUGCUUGAAAGUCCUGCUUCAGAAAAUAUGGAGACAUUCAAUUUACCUACAGUACCUAAUUCUAUACAGCUACUACAUAAUGCUUUAAAGUGCAUCUGUUACUGUUAUAUAAACAAGGAAUUUUGUCAUUAAAGAGGCUUUUAAGACUGCAUUCAUUCACUAAAAAUACUGGCUUUUUUAAAGGAAGUUUUUAUGCGUAUUGUUGUCGUCGUUGCUCAAAAUUUGUAAACCUGUUGAGCUUUCAGCGCCAAGGAACAAAAUGAAUGAAUAUUUAUCUGGCAUUCGUAACUGGCUUUCGUUGCCAACACACAGAAGCAAGUGUGCCGCAUCCUAAUUGAAAACCACCUUCAAUGUUAGUUUUCUUCCAAA